CACAAGGUUCCAUCCAGCUCGCGGGCACCACACUCUGCUACUUCUAACUUCUGGCUUUUUCAUCGAACACGCAAUGCCGGACAACAUGGUAUACCUGGCUCCACCGCUAAUGGAGCAAGGCCACUCGGAAGAGCUGGACGAGUCCGGUCGGACGUUGGGCGCAACGUUCUCUGCUUGGGACAACUCUGUUGCUAUAUUCGUGGCACCAAACCAAACACCACUGAAAGCGGGAGAGUCGUCUCGCUGGGCUGAAGUUCCUGUAUAUUUCGCGAACCCGCACCGCCCACCAGACGCUGUACGACGCAAGUUUAUAUCCGAUGGGGGUCUGGUGUUUGACUUGCUCGCCGAUCUGCGAAAGCAGGCUGCCGCGGAAAGUCUUGAUGACUGGAUUGAGGACCCCAGAUUCCAAGAUGCCAUGCAUGCGAAAUGCACUGAUCUCGUCAAUGUGGCUGAGGCGUCGUGGCUUGACGCUUGCAAUCCUCCUCGAGGCGAGGAACUACAAUAUGACGCCGAGCACUAUCGCAGUCUUUAUACCUGCCUCUCGUUGGCAAUGUUGUUAUACGCACCAGGCCCCGCAAGUGCACGAUUACCUGUCGGGGAUGACCUUCUGGAAUGGCUCAAUAUGCAUUACAUAGCGCCCUCUACCGAAGAGGGUGACCACCUUAGCAAUUUAGACUCACCCUGGGAAGACGAGACGUUCUGGCCGUAUCUUACUCGUGCCGUGCUACGGGGCCUCACGAAGGCAUCUAUAUUCUUUUUAGAAUGUUUGUCCCGGCAUCCCUCGACUUUCCUACAGGAAUUAUCGCAGAAACUGAUUCCGCUUGUGCAAUCCCACCCUCGGGUACGAGACUACACGUCUCUGCAUGAAUUUAUGCGUGCAUCGCCUCGGUGGAAGGAGAAAAUACGAGCUCUACGCGUUGAAAUGGGUUUAGUACCUGACGACGCAAGGGAUGACGGGUUCGAAAACUGGUGGGACCGAUUUAGUGACAUACUGAGUAUCAUGGAGGGUCGAGUCGACGUCAUCAAACAUGUUUGCAAAGAGCUUGACGGUGAUUGGAAGGAGAUCUGUGCCGUCUAUGCCAUCUUCGUGCAGCCUACAUUGCACAGAACGGAAUUACCGGAGCUCGUGGUGGAAAUAAUGGAUGAGAUGCCACCCGACCCGACGGACCUAGAAGACACUAUUCAUGUGGCGCUUAUGCGCGCUCAACCUCGGGAAGCGUUAGCCUGUUCAGCUCGUCUCGAUCCAUGGUUAGCAGCACAUUUGGCAGUCGUAUUGGAAUUACUAGAGAAUCUAUCAAAUACACGCAGUGAAGACUCCGAGUUAUCAGUCGCAGAAUAUUACAUUCUCUCAUACGCAGAAUAUCUGCGCUCUGAUCCGACACUCUGGCGAUGGACCGUCUCGUACCUUUGCAGCUGCGGCAAUAUCGGGAAGCGCCUGGCCGAUGAAGUUCUUAUCCGAGUGCCUCUAUGGCACGGGUUGGGUGACGAUUCUUCCGACACCACUACGUCUACGUCAAAAAAUUUGACCAGACCGGAAAGGAUUGAGAUGAGGCUCAACGAGCUCAUGCAAGUGUGCAAAGAUUACGAAAGGGUGGCGGCCAUGAGGUUGAUAUACAAAAUCGGCGCCGAUGAGCUGGCGAAGUUGAAGGCGUACGUUCUGGCGCUGGAAUGCUAUGCUCAAGCCGAAGAUUGGCCGGGACUAGGGCGGUGCGUGGACAUGGUUCUAGAAGAAUACCUCUCAGGCGGACCGGAGGAGUUCGUCUGCUUAGUGAAAAACAUAGCCCCCUCGCUAAAACGACUAACAAACAUACCCGAGGCACCAGGCAUAUUUGUACAUCGGCUCAAUUUUGCUGUGCGAUAUGCGGAGUUCCACGAUAAUCUGAUGCGUAAUAUUUUCGAUGACGCUGCAACCAAUCUAGAGAAUAUGUUCCGGCAAGACGUUGCCCCUAAGUCGUGGUGGGCAUUGCUACUUUGCGACUCUGUGGAGCUUCUGCAGCAUGAAUCUCCUUUAUUCACGACGGCGGCAAUCCACUUGUUCUUGCAGAAGUUGGAAGAAAUCCACUUGAGAGUGGAACAGGGCUGGGUAGAUGAUUACCUGAAUCUGUUGGCCAGGACAACGAAGGGGGGAGACACAAAAGAUGCCGUCCAGCGGCUCAAAAGAGUACGGCUGGCUAUUGCCCGCUAUUAUACCAAGUGCUCCGUGAUAGAUGUCGUAGGCAAAGGUGCUGCUAGGACGAAUCUGUAAGCCUAAUUUAAUCAACGUUUUUAGUAGAGAUGGGAUAAUUCUA